AUGAAUUUCCAGUCGAGCGUCCCAGUGUCCGGUAUCUCGCAGCAGUCUCAGCCAGCCAUGCCCACUCCAGGCACGGUCCCGGCGCCAGUUCCCGUCCCAGUGCCCCAGUCCAUCCCGUCCCAGUUCGGAUCCGGAUCGUCUGCAAGCUCAGGGGCUGGCCAGUUCGGUUCGGGGACUGUUUCGGGCCAGGCUGCCCAACCCGGCCCAGCGGGCUCGCAGUUUGUUUUGUCCAACUCAGCGGCCAUCAGAGCAGAGAUCCAUCGGUUCGAGUCUGUCCACCCGAACAUUUACGCAAUCUACGACCUGAUCGAGCGCAUUGAUGACCUGGCCCUGCAGAACCAGAUCCGAGAGCAUGUAAUCUCCAUCGAAGACUCUUUCGUCAACAGCCAGGAAUGGACAUUGAGUCGGUCAGUGCCAGAGCUGAAAGUGGGCAUCGUGGGAAAUCUGUCCAGUGGGAAGUCUGCCUUGGUUCACCGGUACUUGACAGGCACAUAUGUGCAGGAGGAGUCUCCUGAAGGUGGACGGUUCAAGAAAGAAAUUGUUGUGGAUGGACAGAGCUACCUUCUCCUGAUCAGAGAUGAAGGAGGGCCUCCAGAGUUGCAGUUUGCUGCCUGGGUGGAUGCGGUGGUUUUCGUCUUUAGCCUGGAGGAUGAGAUCAGCUUCCAGACAGUCUACAAUUACUUUCUGCGCCUCUCCAGCUACAGGAACACAGCUGAGGUCCCCAUGGUCCUCGUUGGAACACAAGAUGCAAUCAGUGCUGCCAACCCCAGAGUGAUCGAUGACUCGCGGGCCAGAAAGUUGUCAAACGACCUGAAGCGCUGCACAUACUAUGAGACCUGCUCCACCUAUGGCCUGAAUGUGGAGAGAGUCUUCCAGGACGUUGCCCAGAAGGUUGUGGCCAUGAGGAAAAAGCAGCAGCUCUCAAUUGGUCCAUGCAAAUCUCUCCCUAACUCUCCCAGCCAUUCAUCAGUCCCCGCUGCAUCUAUCCCCUCUGUUCAUAUUAACCAGGCGGCCAAUGGUGGGGGUGCAUUCAGUGACUACUCCUCCUCUGUUCCCUCCACCCCCAGCAUAAGUCAGCGGGAGAUGCGCAUUGAGACCAUCGCUGCCUCCAACACACCCACGCCCAUCCGGAAGCAGUCAAAGCGCCGCUCCAACAUUUUCACAUCACGGAAAGCCAGUGAGCAAGCAAAGAGCGUUGACAGUAAAACAGACAGCAUAGGCAGUGGAAGGGCCAUACCUAUCAAACAGGGAAUCCUUCUGAAGCGAAGUGGCAAAUCCCUCAACAAGGAGUGGAAAAAGAAAUAUGUCACACUGUGUGAUAAUGGCGUCCUCACUUACCACCCCAGUUUACAUGACUACAUGCAGAAUGUGCAUGGGAAAGAGAUUGACUUGCUGAGGACCACAGUCAAGGUUCCUGGGAAGCGACCGCCCAGAGCGGUGGCCACCGUCGCUCCCACUGCAAGUCCCAAAACCAACGGGCUCACCAAGGACCGCAGCACCUUGCAGCUGGGCAUAGGAAACACAGGCGCCCCUCACUCCAACAGCAGUACAUCCCUCCAGACGGGCGCGUCAGUGUUUGCCGGCAGUAAAGAUGGCAUGCACCAGCGCUCCUUCUCCGUGUCCAGCGCCGACCAGUGGAAUGAAGCCAUCAACACCAGCACAAGCAGCGGAGCCCCCAACGGGACGAGUGAUCCUGCAAAUUCCAGUGUGGGCAGUGCGACGAGUCCUAAACUUGAGCCACCUCCUUCACCUCACGCCAACCGCAAGAAACACAGACGGAAAAAGAGCACGGGCAUCACAAAGCCAGACGGCUUAUCUGGAGGCAAUGAAGAGCAAGAGGAUUCCUUUGAGUUCAUCAUUGUGUCGUUGACGGGUCAGACGUGGAACUUUGAAGCGUCCACAUAUGAGGAGAGGGAACUGUGGGUCCAAGCGAUCGAGAGCCAGAUCUUCGCCAGCCUGCAGUCUUGUGAGAGCAUAAAAAAUAAGUCUCGGUUAGGUAGCCAAAGUGAUGCAAUGGCCAUUCAGUCCAUACGAAACGUGAGGGGGAACAGCUUCUGUGUGGACUGUGACGCACCCAACCCAGACUGGGCAAGUUUGAACCUGGGUGCCUUGAUGUGCAUCGAGUGCUCGGGCAUCCACAGGAACCUGGGCACCCACCUGUCCCGUGUCCGCUCGCUGGACCUGGACGACUGGCCGGUGGAGCUCAGCAUGGUGAUGACCGCCAUCGGAAACACGAUGGCCAACAGCGUGUGGGAGGGCGCUCUGGAGGGCUACACCAAGCCGGGGAGCGACAGCACCAGGGAGGAGAAGGAGCGCUGGAUCCGAGCCAAGUAUGAGCAGAAGCUGUUCGUGGUGGGGCUGCCCCAGUCGGACGUGCCCCUGGGGCAGCAGCUGCUUCGGGCGGUGGUGGAGGAUGACCUGAGGUUGGUGGUGGUGCUGUUGGCCCACGGCACCAAGGAGGAGGUUAACGAGACCUACGGGGACGGAGACGGACGCACCGCUCUGCACCUAUCCUGUGCCAUGGCGAACGUGGUCAUCACACAGCUACUCAUCUGGUACGGUGUGGAUGUGAAGAGUCGGGAUGCUCGUGGUCAGACACCGCUGUCCUACGCUCGGCGAGCUGGCAGCCAGGAGUGUGCAGACAUCUUACUUCAGCACGGUUGCCCCAACGAUACGAGCACCUUGACCUCGGUGCCCACGCCCAACAUGAGCCGCCGCAACCCAAACCCCAACCCCAACAUCAACAACAACAACGCCCAGUGUGAGCUCAACCGCAGUAUCAGCAUCAUGUAGGAGCCAGAGAGCAGCCGC